AUGGGGUCAAAAAACGGACAAGGUCGCUUUAUGGAAGUCAGUUCUUCGCAAAACUUUUCUGAAAUGCGGCGGGUUAAAUUUAUGCCGUUUUUUUAUCUUUACUGAUUAUUUUUUUAUACUGGUACGUUUUUUUCGAUUUUUUUAGUUUGUUGAUUCUAAGCAGAUAAAUAAAAUAUAUAAUUUCCUUUUUUUCAUGAUUCAUUAUCCCUUUCAUAAACUAUAGUUUGAACUAAAAAAAUUUUUUAUUGUAGUUAACAAAAAAACAAGAAUAAUGAAAAAUUCUUGAAAGCUUAUGACAAAAAAAGAAAAACAACAUUCAGGAUAAAAAUCGCUGCUCUAAAGAGCUUUUUUUCGGGUUGUAUUUAAAUCUAUAAAAUUUCUAAUUUCAAUAAUAUAAAAAAAUAAAAAUUAAAAAGCGAAAUCGAAGAAUUAUUGAACUUUUUGAAGCGAAAAAAAUGAACUUUUUGCACAUAGUCGCUCCAUAGAUAAAUUCGCUUUUUUUUGUUAACAAAAAAAUAAUUAUUGAAAUUUCAAAUUGAUACAAUUAUGAGGGAAAUUUUGUUCUUCGAACUUUCAAAGAUAUAAAAAUUUCUGAGAAUGAGGUGUUUUAGCAUUUUUCCAGUUUCACUCUUUAAGUCUCUUCUCUUAAAAAUGUGAUGUUUCAGCACAAGCGGACCAUUCUUUCAACGAUCCCGACAACAUUCUAUCGGUUGGAGCGUUUUUGAAAAUUAAUACAAGUUAUUUUAGCUUCACCAAGUUCGAAAGCAUCAUGAAAUCGCCCUCGAGUUUAACAUCGAAUCGAAAGGUUCUAUUUUUUAAAAACUCGUACAUCACAAUUCUCAUCAUAACAACCUAUUCUGUUCAUUGUUCAUUUUGGACAUGUUCAGAGCAUUCAGACAUACGACGCUCACCGCUGACCUUGGAAGACGACCCACUUCCCACGGAAACCGAAGUUGAUAAGGUUUGAAUCGGCCAAGAAUGAUCACGAAAAUUAGGAAAAAAAGUGGAAUGAGACAAUUCAUAAGACUUAUCUAUGAGAAUCAGACAAUAUCGACUAAUAGAACUUCUCUUCCUUCGCCUGAAGUGAACUUUGACAUGAAAAAAAAAUAUUUGUCGAAAAAAGAAAAAAAGAAAUAGAUGAAUAAUAUGAAAUAUCUAUGCGAAUGUGAAAAAUUUGAUUAUUAAAGAUUUUCAGUUCUUUUAUUGAAAAAAUAUUUUGAUAAGACAGAAUAUAAGAGUUGAAAAAAAUAAUAAUUCCUAAUUUCAGAAAGCAGACUUCGCAGGAUCAAUGACGGAGGAAAAGCCGUUUUUGAAACUUCGAGGUAUUUUCUUUUCAUGAAAAGCACACGCAAAAAAACUCGCAUUUCAAAUUUUUCCUUUUGUAUAACUUCAUUAUUUCAGAUUUUCAAUUUCCUGAGCCAAGCCAUGCGACAGAACUGAAUGAAACUAGCAAAGUCCCAUCGCGAUUCGAUCAACUCAUGUACGAUUUCAUGGUUCCAGAAGGAAAAUCGGAGGUUUUUGAGGAUAUUUGAGGUAGUUCAUCCAAGUGAGCUGUUAAGAAAGCGUCCGAGAUGGCGGUUGUGGAUUUUAUCACAGAAAAAGGCGGCCAGCAACCCUCGUUUGCUAUUGCUUUUGACAAACAAGGGUGGUUCAGCGUCGGCGACGUCACCAUGGAGCAAGUUGGGAGUUCCGCUGAUUCUAGUUUCUCCAAAAAAACUUCUAGGGCGAGAAUGUAGACGUUUACCAUGCCGCGGUUUUGUUGAAGGCUCUGGCUGACGUGCGAGUUGCAGAAACCCGCAACGGAAUGUACAAAUUCGUGGUCGAGGUGCAAAAUAUACACGUCAUCCAAAUCUAUGAACAAAUUUUGAGGCCAAACAAGGAGAGACAGUUCAUACUACCAAACUGCGGGUUGAUGUCAUCUCUCUCUCUCCAACGACAGUCAGAAGCACGACGACGGCCUUGCUGGACGAUUCAGCGACGUCGGUAGACAUGAUUCUCGAAGGCUCGAGCAAGUUUGCCGUCCCGUCGACUCCCAUCUCUAUCGCCGGGGAACCCAAUUCGACAUCGGGGCCAAACUUCGAUUCUUCUGCUUCUUCUAAAAUCCCUGGAGCUGCCUCAAUCGCCGACGGCAAGGUUGAGGCUCCUGGAAAUAAAGACGGGACAAAAAAGAGCGAGUCGGAGAUUUCGAAAGCCUUUGAGCUUUUCUUAGCCGAGAAAACAAUGGAGAAUCCAGAAAACGAGAACUCUACAAACAAAACAACAGCAGCAGCAACAGAGUCGUCUUUCCCGGAAAAGCUUCAGAAACCUGAAAAAGAGCUUGUUGACGAAGAAACUUCCACAACAUCUUUCUCAGAAAUUACAUCUCUCGAGACAAUGAGCACAGAUUCAACGGAAACGUUCAGUACGAUGCAGCUAACUAGCUCCGAAGAAAUGAAAGAGAUUUUCACGAUUACCACCGUCCAAAUAGAUCCGCAAACGAAUUCCUCGACAACAGAGAUUUUCGAGACAACAACGAAAUCUGUUGGGAAUGAUGGUCUUUCCGAAGGAUCCGCAGAAGUCGGAACUCAAGAAGCUCUUGCUAUAGAAGGCUCGGGGAUGCUGACCGAGAGCUUCAACUCCAAAGAAGUACAGAAACUGAGAAAGAGAAGCUCUUCUCAUUAUUUUUUUUGCAGGAAAACGAGGAGAGUCCUCUGAAAGGUGCUACCAAAAUUAUGGAUCUUCAGGCGACGAGCGAAGAGAACGAUGAACAAAACGCCAACAGUUGAAAAUGUCUCCUAUUCUCCUAAUACAGAAUAUUUUGAAGGCAUUCGAAUUGAAGUUCUGGGGGCCGGUGAGAAUGAUCAUUUCAUCAAUAAAGACGCGAAACUGCGUGGAGACGUCCUCAGAGAAUUCUCACUGGUUUUCAAUUCAACAGUGAGUUCAAACCACUCUUUUUGUCUAAUUCAAAACUGUUUUUUUUCAAGGAGCGAGGGAAAAGUGCCGAGAUCGACAUUGAGCCUCUAGGAAUUUUCAGCGUCCAGCCGAAAAUUUUGUUUCCAGGAGAAGCCGCGUACCUCGUCCUUGAAAAUGCCAAGAAACUUGGAACUAACCAAUUUGAAGUGAUUUCCGUGUCUCUCUUUCCGAGAAAAAUGCGCUUUGAGGUGAUCGCUCGUACUUCUGGUGGCACAACUGCGCGUCGUAUUUUUGAAAUCGAAACUAAAUGGGAACCAGAACAAACAGAUACUUUCACAGAAGAGCCCGAGAAUAUUGAGAUGAAGAAAGUUUCUUUCGAAGUUUCUGAAGAUGCUCCAGCCGGCGCCACCGUAGGGAAGGUUGAAGGUUCCAUGCGAAUCGUCGGCUCCAGUGAUAGGUGACUUUUCCUAACUCUUUCGUUGUUUGAAAAACUUUGAAAAGUUAUAAAAGUCGUCCUUUCAGAUUCGUUCUAGUUGGAAAUGACAUAAUUUUAUCGUGCAGUGCGGACAAAUGCUUGGACGCUGAGAAGAAAUCCCGACAUUCUCUAAUUUUACUUCCAACUGACGGUAGAACACAAAAAGCAUUUUUGAUCCGAAAAGUGGUUCAGGCAGUUUGGCGCCAAUCGAAGUGCAAGUCCGCGUGAAAGAUGUCAACGAAUUUGCUCCGACGAUCCAUUCAUCCGAUGAAAUCAUCCGCAUUUCUGAUAAUCGACUGAUUAUGCCGUUUGGCGUUUCAGUAAUUUUGAACUUCCUUUUCUCCAGUCGAUUUUUGUUUUGCAGGUCAUUGAUAAAGAUGCUGAGUCUCAAGAAUCUUCAACAAACCAAGUCUCCGUUUCUGGUUCUGCAGCUGCUUUCCUACGUAUCGAAAAAGUUGAAAAACAUCUUUAUCAGGUAAUUAGAGCGUGUUUCGAAAAAUCAGUUGAAUAAAGGUGAUGAUCACUGAUUCCGCGCCAAGUGGAACCUACGAACUUAAAAUAACAGCGCACGACGAAAUUAACGAAGCAUCGAAAAGAGUGAAAGUUUCUGUGGAGGUGAGAAUUAACUAUCAUUCCGAGUUUCAUUUCAAAUUGAAGAACUCGAACUCUCACGCUCGAUUCAGACGCUCAAAAUACUUGAGUUCACUUCAAUCAGGAAACAUCAGAAAGGGUAAAAAUAUAACUACAAUUUGAAAAAAUCUCGAAUCGAGAAAUUUUUCAGGAGAACAACUGACCCAAGUCGAAUUGGAAGGCGUUCCGAUUGACGAGACCAAGAUAGUCGUACUGGGAGGAAAUCCUGGAUGGAUUACUGUAGAAGAUUACGGUGGCAAAGUGAAGGUCGCCGAUUACGACGGGUCUGCAACUUUGGAUGAAGCUCUUAGAAGUUCUGAAACUUUUCAGAGAGAUAUUCUCCGGAACGCAUGAGCUGCGGAUUGGAGCGGUUGACCGGAAAACGAGCAACGUCUUGGCCGAAACUUCCUUGACAGUCGUAGUCUCUGGAGGCGCCGAGCCGAAGAAAACGGAGGCCGCUUCUACUUUUGUGCUCACCAAUGUUCUUGAUCGAGGUAGCAGUUCGUUGAUUCAGGAUCUAAGGAUGACGAACGGACAUCGUUCUUUCCUCGAUGUACUGGAAAACUGAGAAAAAAUCAGUGUAAAUGUUAUAUUUUGCUGAACAGCGAAGUUUUUGGAGCAAAACUAACCAGAAUUUUUUUGCAAAAAAUCCUAAAGUUCGUGUUUAACAACAUAUUUGAUUUAUAGAAAAAGUUAUCAUAACGCCCGUUUUUUUCCCAACUCAGCUUAAACCCAAAUGGCGCAGAACAGGUCUGCGUUCAAUUUUCUGUUUCAAAUUUUGUCAAUUAACUCUUUUCAACCUUUGACUCAAUUUCUAAAUUCUCAGAGACGGCUGCCGAAUUCUUCGUGAACACACCUGACGGCGAUUGGAGGGUUGAUCCGGCGUCGCUGUACGCCAUCGACGAGAACGGACGCCGUAAAAGUUUCAGCCCGGUUUCGAGUGAAUCCUUUCGUUAUUUCCUAUUGAAAUUGUUUCAGUUAAACGUGAAAACGGGCGCAAAUCGCGUGAUUUUUGAUAAAUUAGCAGUUGAAAAGUUGCGAGUUGUACGAGCUGAUUUAUCUCACGGCAAGAGAAAAGGUGAAACCUCGAAAUUGAUUGAUCAACGAAAUAUUCAGUGAAUGUCGUUUUGCGAUUGAUCUCGAGUCCCUUGUUCUUGGAAAAGAUGCGAAAAGAAGCGGCUCGUCCAAUGUUCCCAUCGCCGUGGAGCGAAGAUAGUCAAAUGAUUGAGGUUUGUGCGGCGGGGAAAGGCCCGCAGAGAAACAAAAAUAGCAUGUCAACCUGCACGGACUCGGUUAGAGAGCACGGUAUACUUGGAGAUGCCACACUCCGCAUAAUCAUAUCUUUAAUGGGAACCAUGCUUUUCUUAGCCUGUAAAGCAUGGCUGAGAGAUUAUUUCCAACGAAAAAAAUAAAUCAAAAUUGUUCCAUAUUAAAACAUAGAGGUAAUAUUUUGAUUUCUAUAAUGAACUAGAAUGUUUAUGUGCAGAAUUCGAGACUUUUGAAAGUUUUUGUACAGAAAUCUAGUUCUAAUAUACCCGUUUGAAGUUUGCUUAAAGUCCAUCAUUUGAAAAACGUGGCCAUUUGAAAACAGACAUGUAGUUUAUUCCCAGUUUCCGGAAAAAGUUUUAAAAAAUUCAGAUUUCUGUUGACGAAGAACUUCCCAUCGGUCACGUGGUCGCAGUUCUGCCUGCAGUCGUUCCGACCACCAAAAAAACCGCUCCAGUUUCCAUAAACGGUGAAAUGCAGGAAGCUUUCGAGUUGGACUCCGAAACUGGUGAAUCAUGAAAAAGCUGCAUAUUCACUCAUUUUUUCAGGACUAUUAACCAUCAAAAACCGCAUCGACUACGAAAGUCUUUCGGAAAAUCAACGAAAGUUCGAUCUGGAGCUCAUAUCAGGAGAGGAAGCCUUCGAAUCGAAAGCUGUUUUGAAAUUCUUGGUCUCCGACGUCGAUGACCAGCCUCCGGUCAUUCAGGAUGACCUCUUCGGCGAUGUUGGUACCUGAAAAAAGGGAAAAAUUAUUUUUGCGUGUCCAGAUCGACAUCCGAGAAGACUUGCCGAGAGGAACUGUGGUCGCCAACUUGUCUUUGACCGACACUAAUGCGCCCCAGGGCUUCAUUGUGACUGUUGAUGGUCGUGGGAAGGACAGUUACGAGGCGAUUGCGGUAGAUUCAUCAAGGAAAAAUAGUUGAAGAACUCAAAAGAGUUCCAGGACUCUGGUCGACUGAUUGUCAGAAUGGUUGGCUCGUUGGACAGGGAAAAAGAGACGUCUCACGCGAUCAUCGUCACUGUCCGCGAUGCUGCUGGGAACUCGGACCAAAUCUUGGUGAAACGCGUUUUUUGGUGUAUUCGAAAUGUUAUUCAGUUGCCCAUCAACAUCCUCGAUGUCAAUGACCAUUCUCCCGAGCUCGAUCGCGAGUUUUAUGAAGUCAGCGCGAUGGAUGGCUGGCCCGAAGGCGUUGUUCUCGAUAAGUCUGUUCAGCUUCUUGCUGUCGACAUUCAUGAUGUUCUUUCUAGGAUAACAGCCACUGACAACGAUAUUGAGGAAGCUGGCCGCGUGACCUACAGCAUUGAACAGGGAGAAUUGAAAAGUCAGUUGAUAAUGUCCAACGAGUAGAUUUUUGUUUUAUUAGCACUCGGAAAAAGAUAAGUUUCAGAAAUUUUUUUGAUUUUUUUGAUACAAUCUUCACAUUUCAUAGGCUUAGAGCCCCGGAAACAUGAGAUUUGAGGUUUAAAAAGUUGUAGAGCAAGAGCAAAGUUUUACAUCGGAGAAAAACGAAGAAAUGAACGAAUGACGGUACGUUUUGUUCAUAGAAAAAAUUUACUUUGAAUGAAUUUUUUUUCAAAUAAAGGAGCUCAAUUUCAUUUUCAUUUCGAUUUUGAAUACAUUUUUCAUAAUAAGUAUGAACUUCUUCAAAGUUUGAACUAGACCUUUCAACACAAAAAAUAAGCUCUGAAAAAGUUCGGUUUAUUCUUAAACCUCAGGUUGACUGACCAUAUUUCUUUUGAUACAGAAUCUCAUAGGGAGUUUUAGACCAGCUGUUGAACCUCGAAAAAGAUAUACUUUUUGGUCGAAAAAUAGCUCAUCUUGGUCGUAAUUUGUCGUGUAGUUUCUUUCUACAGUUUCUUGGUUUCAAGUUUCAAAAAGGAUUUUUCUAUGGUUUCAAGAAUUUUCGAGUAACGAAGUCGAAUUUCAGUGUUCGCUAUCAAUGAAACAACCGGAGUGCUGAUCUCUGCAGCGGAAAUGUUUGGAAUGGCCACUGAUGAGCCUCAAAUUCUCCGAGUCGUGGCUUCUGAUAACGGUCAGGAAUCCUGCUAUUUCUGCGAUUUUUUACGUUGCAGAUCCUAAUAAGAAAUUCAGAUGAUUUAUAUCAAAAUCUAUAAAAAUUCAAUAAUGAAUGAACUCAGGCGAACCCCCUCGGAACACUUCGACGACGAUCAAAGUCCACGUGAGGUCGUCGAUGACGUCACGCGCUCCUUUCGAGUUCACCUCACCUGUCGACGACUUCGUUCUGAACCUCGAACGAGUUGGUUCGGUCUCAAAUUGCCCCCAGUUUCCUGAAUAGUUGCAGAAAACACCAAAACCCCUCAAGGUUUUCACUGCAACGGCAAAAACCGCCCGAGGUCGGCCCAAUGACUCGCUAAAACCCAAAUUCGCUAUCAAGGUAAUGAGCCUAUUUUUGAAAGAAAAAGCGGUUCCGCCAGUCAUUGUUGUAGCACGUUGUGAAAUUUUUCCUCAUCCAGUUUGGACAGUUUCAGCAGAAAUUCCGUGAUAAGCUGAGAAAAGACCAAAUUUUGGAGAGUUAAAACUUACAAAUAAUAAAUCUAGGGAGAAAAAACUGAAUAAUAUCAAAAAGGCUCUGAAUGGAAUUUGUUUGAGAUUUUAUGUUGUGUGAGGUUUUGAAGUCAGCUCAAUUUCCAGGACCUUAUCGAAAACACGGAAGCGUUCAAAAUCGACGAAUUUACGGGCGACGUCUUCUUCGAGUCUCAGAAGUCAGAUAGACGCCAUUUCGCGGUACGCCUGUUUAGGAAUUCUUUUUUUUUUUUCAAUUUAGCUUUUUUUCAAGUUUUGAAUUUUUAUUUUACUUUUUUGCAUAAGUCUUGUCAUGUCCCGCAGUGUUGUUUUUGUGCUGUCCUGUACAAGUUUUUAGUUUUCUUUUUAUUAAAUGUGAAUACAAAUAAGUGAAGUCAUAUUAGAUAUUAAUAUUAAGAUCAUUGGAAUUUUUAAACCGGUAGAAGCGACUAUGGGAAAGUCAAAUAUUAAACAGGAAUAGGGAAGCUUACACCGAUUUGGGGGCUACAAGAACACUGGAGUAAUAUGACAAAUACUGCUGAUAGUAAUAGUUGUAAAUUGGAGAAAUAUCAUAGCUCGGAGUUGAAGGAAGGACAUUUUGAAUAGGAAAAUAGUUAAGAGAGGUUGAGAAACCGGAGGGAGUGAGAUAAGAAACACUGGGGAAGUUGGAUAGACCGACAGGGGUUGAAGGAGUUUGACCUGGAGACUUUAGGGAUGAACCGGGAGAGCUGAUGCUUGGACUGGAAGAUUCUGCGGAGUCAGAAGAGCUUCUUGAAGGGAAAAACUCCACAGAGUCGUCGUUGGCCAGGCGGAUCUGUCCUCGUUCCUUGGUCAGCUUCUUUCGGAAGUUUGGAUUCAACGACCAGUACGAACCUUCAAAAAAUGCAUAA